AUGGACUUUUUCACAGGAGGGAAUGACGACGAAGAUGAUGGAUGGGACGACGAUGUCGAUUUGGAUGAAUUAUCCAUAGAAGAAGAGACUAGUCAAGAUCAGAGAUCCUCAUAUGAAGAGGAGGAAACCAAUGAUACAUCUGUGGCAGCUGUUGGACAAGCAAGUCUUGACAAUGCCUUGUCGAUUGGAGGUGGAUUCAUGGGUGGUUUCACGCGUUUCAUUGACGCAGUGACGCAGCCGGACGACGAAGAAGAAGACGGCUGGGAAGAGGAUGACAAUUUUGAUUUCGAUGACGACGAUGGUGAUGGUCAAACUAGUAAUGACUGGGAAGAAGGCACGGAUGACGCAAACAUGACAGCGGACGGCGACCCACAACAGCAACAACAAGAGAGUUCCUUGAAUGUUUCUGAGCAGGCUAUCAUGCAACCAGCGUCGUCAGAAUCUCAAUUGGUGGAUGAUUCUGGUGACGACGAUGAUGAGGAAGAUGAAAGUUUUGUGCCCGAUUCUCUUCGAGCCUUCAUGGAAAAUGCAAGUGCCAAAUUGGAUGCGGAUUUGAGCUUCUUGUCGUCAUCCGACAAAAAUAAUAAUACUAACUCGACCCAAGAUACGGACACCAACAACCACAAUUGGGUGGGGGCGGAUGAAACUAAUCUGACAGAGGAUGACCAACUACAACAUCAACAGGAGAGCUCAUUAAAUGUUUCUGAACAGGCCGUCAUGCCACCACCAGCAGAGUCCACAUCAGAUGACUCUCAAUUGGUGGAUUCUGGUUGGGACGAUGAUUUUGAUUUGCAAGAUCAUGAUUUGGACACUCCCAAAGCAGCGGGUGCUGCUGGUGCCAAUAUUUUUUCCGUUCCGCUGAAUGAUGUACCACCGCCGCCACCACCACCGCAAGAACAAUCCAGCUUUGUGCCUCCGCCGCCUCCACCACCACCUGACAGUAAGCAAGGUAGGAGCGUCUCCUUUGACAAGUCUUUGUCUGUGCCUCCUCCUCCACCACCUCCCCCUCCUCCAGCUGCUCCACCAGCUGACAGUCUCAACGCAGUUGACGUCGACGACAGCAUGAUGGGAGAAGCUGGCAGCGGCUGGGACGAUGAUAUUGAUUUGGGAUUAGAUACAACCGUUGAGGAUGAUGGUAGUAAUUAUGAAGAGGAGGAGGGGGAUAAUGGUGCUGCUACAAAUCAAGAUGCAGACCAAGAACAAAGCAUGGAAGUGGGGGAACAAUCUUUGGAUCCCAGCACUCCAUUGGAGGACAGUACUAUGGGUAUGUCGACUACUGGUGCCAUUACCGAUAAUGAGUACGGAGAAGCUACAUUUGAGACAGAAGGAGACGAAGAAGGCUGGGGCGACGAUGAAGAUGCCCUAGAUGAUUUGGAUCUGGAUGACGAUAAUGAUGAUGAUACGAUGGUAGAUCAACAGGAACCUCAUCAAAUUGACGGGAAUACCGGGUUGGAAACUUCUAUUGUCGACUCGACACCACCUCCGCCACUUCCACCACAAGUCCAAAGGGGUGGUGCAGCAAUUGCCUCUGAGGCUGCGAUCACCAUGGAUGAAGGUUGGGACGAAUCCAACUAUGCUGAUUUGGAUGAAGUUGUAGGGGAUGUUGUAGACCACGUUCCUGCUCCCUCCGACGCAGGAUAUGAAUUGAAACGAGGACGAAGUCAACUAACGGAUAAUGCUUUGGAAACUGGAGAAGAUGACAUUUCUCGUGAUUCCACUUUGUCGGUGGACAACUCUCGCAGUCAACUGCAACCUCAAUCCAAUUACAAUAGUAAUAUGGUGGAUCGCACUCCAUCCUUGGCAUCACCAGCACACGCACGUCGCAUGUUCAAUUCUGACAGUGUACUAGCGACUCAAAGUACAUUGACAGCGACUUCGGCAUUGGAUGAUCAGACUGACGAAAUGCAAUCCGCUUCCUUGGUGGCACUCGGAGGCGCCGCUUCGGUGGGGGAUAGUCUUGAUUCUGGAGAUGUUGGAUCUUCUCAGCAGCAGCAAAGAAGAUCAAAGAAAGUUGUGGAUCAUACCCCUACAGCGUCGAAAUCCUUUCAUCGCGCUCUGACGAUUGAUGCUGGUGGACACUUAUCUGUUGGAGAGAGCUUAGAUUCGAUUGAUGAAGAGACAAGUCUUUCGCAAAAGGAAGAAACGACGACCCCAGGAGCUGUUGAAGCUGGAAUGGGCGUGCAGGGGCUUUCGUUUGCGGCUCAAGAAGCGCCAUCCGUUGGAGUCCCAUUUGGUUCUUCGCUGACUCCAACGGCGACGCAAGUCCCAGUUGUAGAUCAUACCCCCUCCAUUGUUGGGGAUGGAGCUGCCGGUGCUGCAUCGACCACAGUUUUUGGCGGUACCACAAUUGGUGGGGAGUUGGGAGAAGGGUCGAGAGAUAGCGUGGACAAUGAUGAGGAGAAUCUGUUUGGGAAAGUUGUGGACCAUACGCCCGAGACCCCAGCUACCAAAAAGAAGGCGUCUGCUCAGAUGCCGACUGGCACAAGACUGGAGGACGAUACGGUACAGGGGGUGGCGGAAAAGACAGACGUGGAAUCAGAUUACCGACGUGACGAAGAUAUGGACGAUGAAGAAUCUGCUGGAGCAUCUGCCGUUGAAGGCUGUGGCUGGCAGAAUGAGGAUUCUUCUGAUACCAAAGAAAAGCAUCUUGUCGACCACGUCCCAAAACAAAAACAGAAACGGGUUGCAAUGGACGCAUCCGUUCGUGUACUUGUAGAUACCAACGACGAUAUGACACAGGUGGAUACAAUCGCAGAGGGUGAAGCAAUGGAUUUUGGUCCCGUCGUCGAUCAUCUUCCGCUUAGCACCACCAAGUCAAAGGGCAAUUCAGUGGCUGCUUCAAUAUUGACACAGAAUAGCCUUGGAGCUGACAAGAUAGAAGAUGAUAUGGACAACACUACCGUACCUGGCGCAUCCAUCGCAGAAACGUCAGGUUGGGAUGACGAAAUGCCAGAGUUGGAAGAUGCCUCCAUACCAGACAAGAACAGUGUCAACUUUCAGACGGAAGACGAAGACAACCUUGUGGACCAUGUGCCAGGAAGAGGUGAUGCCAGACCAACGGAUGCAUCAACAAUGGUGCAGGUUGACCCACUAGAUGUCAUCUCCGAAGUCGAUGAUUUUGACGAAAGGGCAAGCAGGUAUGGGCUAGUCGUAGACCAAACUCCAGCUCCCACAUUGAGCAGCAAAAUAUCGGUUCAAGCUUCAAUGCGUACCAAGACUGGAGAAACGGAAGCUGAUGUUCGAGCGUACGAUGACACAGACGCAACUUGGUUUGGUGCUUCCACCGUGGGCGGCUUAUCGACCCUUGGUGCGGCAUCGGCAGGUGAUGCAUCUGGUGAAGAUUCAGCAACAAUGGGCGGUGGCAAUGGAUGGGAAGAUGACGGCCUGGGUGAACUGAUGUCACCACUCACUGAUCGAAGGCAACGCGCUGGCGAUUCAGAUCACCUGGUCGACCGAAUACCUAGAAUAGGGAGCCCAACCCCAGUAGAUUCAUCGACGGCGGCAAACGCCGAACCAUCAGUACUUUCAGGAGAGGAAAAAGACAGUACAGAUGGUGAAAAUCUCGAAGACGAAGCAGCGGAUGAAAUGCCUCCUUUGGUUGAUCACGUUCCAGAGCAAACUGGCGCCUUUCGUCCCAGAGACGCUUCUACCAUAGUCGCAGCUGAUCCAUCUGAAUUAAACUCCCAGAGUGAUUAUUUUGGACAAGAGGAAAUCUUCGGGCCCGUCGUCGACCAAACUCCGACGCCUGGACCUUUCGCAAGUCGAGCUCCAACAGGAUCGACUGUUGUGGCUCUAGAAUCUGUUGCUGAUGACGAUUUGGAUCUGGCGAUCGAGACAGCAAUCGAUGGGGAGGAUAGAUCCGCAGGCAGGCAGACUCCAAACGAAUGGAAUCAAAUGCCGAAUCCUCAAGCAGAUGAUAGCAGCAAUAGUGCGCAGGUGGUAGAUUUCGUGCCGGAGGAAGAGCGGGGUGCAGUUCCCGAGAUUGUGAGAGAUGGCUCAUCUGAGAUGGCAACGAUCGAUGGCAAGUCGUCGAUUCCAGCUGACGAAGCAAAGGAAGAAGAAUUUGGUCCUGUUGUCGAUCACACGCCCCAAGGCGAAGGUCUUCCAACAUCAUCAUCACGGCUUUCUUUGGCAGCGUCAAGGGGAGGAUCUACAGUCGAUGCCUUGGCUACUGUUUCUGAGGUGGAUGUUGAUGACGACUUGAUAACGGGAGAUGGGUGGGAAGAUGACAAUGAUAUCGAUGCUGCUGACAUUGAAAACGCAGGAGCUUCGGCUCAAGCUGGCGACGACAAGAGUCUGUCAGUAUCCUGGGUGGAUCGGCAAGAGAAAAUCCCACGGGCACAAGAGAAGAGCGCUGGCAAUUCAUCAAAACCAUCUGCUGAUGGAUCUUUCGUCGACGCCAAGAUGGAUACAUCCCGACUUACUGUGAAUGAAACAAAGUACUAUGAUGCAGACGAAAGUGGGUUAGGAAACAGUGUGCAUGAUACUGCAAAACCUGACGACGACAGCACUCCACCUGCUACACCAAGGGCACCCUAUGAUUUACAAGGGUCUGAGACUGAAACAAGCGACAUCGCUCGACUGCAGAGUCUACUGAGCCUCAACGAAGGAAAGCAACGAUUUGAGGGAAGGUUACAAACUGCUGAUGGUGAUUGGGUCAAAGUAAAUUUUGAAGAACUCUUGAGGGAUGAAAUAACAAAGCGACUCCUCAUUGAGAAGGAGGUUGAAGCAUUGCGAAAGUCAAACGAACUUUUGAAGUCGGCGAAAGAGUCUCUUGCGACUGUUGGGGAAGCCCAAGCUGAUACGCUGAACAAUCUAUCUGCCAACUUGGAAAAUGUUCGAAAUGAGACGGAAACUUUACGAUCUGAAAAAGAAUCUUUAAUGGGCAAGGAUGACGAUAAUGCAACCAAACUCUCUUCUUUGUGGAAGGACGUUUCAGACCUACGAACCACAAACUCAAGUUUGCAAGAACAAUUGCAAACUUUGAAGAUCGAAGGAGAACAAUCAAAGCUGUACGCAUCACGCCAGUUGGAGAAACGCGAAAAUACCUUGAACGCAGAGAUUAAGCGAUGGCAAGAAUCUAGCAAAUUGAUGUCAGAGAAAGCUUCUCGUCUCGAGGCUGAAUGUUCUGGAAAAAAUAGCAGUUUGUUGGGAGAUCUUGAAGCACUUCGAAAAUCGCUCUCUGAUCUCAAGAUCGAGAACGAAAAUGCGACAGCGAAAGAAUCAGCUUUGACUGCUGAAAUUCGAAAUCUUGAAAGUUUGCUUCAGAAGCAAACCGUUGAGUUAUCGUCGCAUUCAAAACUUGAUGAGGAACUUGGAUCCGUUCAUAGCAAGCUCGCAAGCAAAGACCAAGAGCUGGCAAAGCUGACAACAGAGCAAUCUCAACUGAAACAGCGCCUUGCAAAAUCUGAAUCAGAAACUUUCAAACUGAGCAAGGAAAUGGCAAGACUGCAGAGAGACAAGGACGAAGAUACGAAGCGAUAUCAGGAACAUAUCAACUCAAUUGAGUCUGAGUUGAAGGAAUCUCAGAAAAUGUCUGAAGCAAUGUCAAAGGACAUGGCAAAGAAUGAAUCCGAAGCUCAAGAGAGGUUCGAACAGCUGCGGGCCCAACAUGUUCAAUUGAAAACAGAGUACUCUUCCGCGUUGUCAACACACAAGUUUGACAUGAGCAUCCAGGAGCAAAAAACCCAUGGCCUGGAGCAGUCUCUUCGACAAUCAGAAUCGACACUAGAAGGGUUGAGAGAAGAAAUGAAAAGUUUGUCGUCGCAACUGGAAGAAUACAAAAGCAAAGCAACUGAAGCUGAAGCCACAUCUCCUGAGCUAGAAGCGAUUGUACAAGAACGUGAUGGUUUGAGGCAGGAGCUCGUACAGAGCAAGCAGGCGCUGCUAGACUUGGAGUGGCAAGCAAAGAAUGACAUGGAUGCUGUGGAAUCGGCGCUACAAGAGGAAUUGCAAGCGUUGCGGCAGGAGAGCUCAACGUCAACUUCUCAACUUGCCUCGUAUAAAGGUCGCGUCGAUAAAUUGACAAAUGACUUGGACCAAGUUGUCGCAGCCAAAUCCGAGUUAGAUCACCGUUGCAAAGGUCUCGAAAAGCAGCUUGAAACCGAAAAGAGUCGAUCCAAUGCUGCUACGGAACAAGAACUGUCCUCUUUGAAUUCCUUGCAAAGCGAGAUAGAGAUACUAAAGGCCAAGACUAUCAAGAUAAGCAAUGAAAAGGAUGAACUGGAAAGCGCUCUAGCCGAAUUGUCGAAGAAUUACUCAGAUCGAGAGAAUGAAAUCAAACAACUCAAGAAAGAGCGCGACUCUGCAGCACACAAAAAGGACGUGAUUGAAAAGCAUCUCAUGGAAACUCGCACCAAGCUGCGUUCUUCAAGCGAAGAAAAGGCGCAGAUUGUUCAGGCCCGUGAUGAAUUGGCUGCGCGAUGCCGCGAUCUUGAAGCAAGUUUGGAAAACAACGAUCCCACUGGAGGUGAAGGGAACAUUAGCCAGGAAAUGCUGGACGAGGUGAUUGCGGCGCGAAACGAGUUACAACAAGAACUGUCUAAAUUCCGAUCCGCGAAUACUGAAAACGAAGAGGUCAUUCAAGACUUGGAAAGACAAAUGAUUGAUUUGGAGAGUGUUUUGGAAAACAGAGAUCAGACAAUUGUCAUCCUUCGAGAACAGCAGUCUUCGAGUCGAGCUGGAUUCCAGGAUCUUCGAAAAACCAACAAAGAACUUGAAACCAGAAUCACCGAACUUGAAUCCCAAGUUCAAUCGUUGGAGGAAAACAAGGACGGGGUUCAUGUCGUCCCAACCAAAGACGAGGAGGCCUACGUGGAACAACUGCGUCAAGACUUUGAUGCACUUGCAGCAGAGAGGGAUGACAUCUUGGAGGAACGGAAUCAGCUUGUCGAAGAAAACGAGGAUAUGCUUGUACAGUUUGGUCUCAUCAAGCAGGAUAUGGAUUCCUACGAAGACGAGCUUGAUCAAAUGAAAAUUCAACUUGAAGAACGAGACACUGCCGUCAAAGAAGCCACCCGAAAGCUACAACAGGCAGAAGCACAAUUGGAGGUAUCGGAGGUAUCAAAUAGCAACGAUUUCUUGCUUGAUUUGGAAGAAAGAUACCGCUCCGAAAGAGAACAGCUCGAGAACGAGCUGGAAGAUGCAAUAGCAAUGAAGCGAUCUGCUGAUUCUGAGCUAGAACAACUGCAAGCAGCAGAGUCAAGAUCGAAAGAACUCAUUCAAAACUUGGAAGCACAAUUGGAAAACUUCAAAUCGAAUGCUAAUGAUUUGGUCCCCAAGUAUCAACUGACGGACGUGGAGGAAAGACAUCGAGCUGAAAAAGAGGAGCUCGAGAAUGAGGUUGAAGAACUAUUGGCCAUGAAGCAAGCUGCUGAAACAGAUCUAAGUGAUUCGGAGUCUGACAAGGCAAGAGCCAUGGAACAAGUGCAGAACUUGGAAGCCAAGCUUGAGGAGCAGGCAAAGGCUGCAAGUCGUAAAGAGAAGCAACUGGCCUCGCUCAUUGAUGCCAUGGAGGAAAAAGAACAAGAUUUGGCUGACAAGUGCUACGUUCAAGAACGAAGCUUGGAUGAGCUACGAACACAAUGGGAACAGUCUCGAUUUGAUUCCGACCAUACUUCAUCGACGUUGGCAAAGAGGGUCCAACAACUUGAGGGGAUCAUUACCAAACAAAAAGGACUUAUUGGUCAAAAGGAUGCCGAACUCAAGAAUCUUGAAAGCAUGCUGGAUACGGCUCGAACAUCUCAGCAAGAACGCGAAGAAGUUGAACAACUUCGUGACAGUGUCCGUGAGAUGAGAAGCAAGAUUCAGGCAGAUCAAUCCCGAAUGAACGAGUUGGAAUUGACUUCCAACCAGCGCCAGCAAGAGAUUGACAGCGUCCGACAGGAGCUACACUCUGCGAACAAUACCAUGCAGAAUUUGGAGAACGAAAUUCGGUCCCUACAAACUGCCGAUACAUUAUCAAAGCAGUUGCGAAAAAGCUUGCAAGGAGAUCUCACUGCAAGAACGCAAGAAUUGUCUGAAACCCAAAAAGAAGUUGCCAAUUUGCAGCGAACUGUGGAACUUUUGGAACAAGAAGUGGAAGAUUCUUACGAUCGUCAAGGCCAAUACGAACAAGCGACACAAGAGCCAAGUGGUGAAUCAACUGCAGCCGAGAUUGAGUCAUUGCGGCAACAAGUCGAGUCACUUCGAUCAGUCCAAGCCGCUUCAUCUUCCCAAACAAAUGAGCGAGCGGCAACGCUUUCUGCCCAAGUCAACGAUCUACAGCUAGUGGUGAGACAGAAGGAUGGCCAGAUUUCCACCUUGGAACAGCAGGUCCAUGCAUUGGGCAAUGAACUUUCACUGUCGCAGGAAAGAAUCAAGGCCAAGAAGGAGGAGUUGCAAAAACUCUUUUCCGAGAACCGUUAUUUGCGGAGCCAGGCAUCCCAGCAACCCACGGCCAAUGCCUUGAGUCUCACUGCCGUGGACGCGGAGAGUGUGGACACCAUGCGAUCCCAAGUGAUUUCUUUGGCCCAAGCGUUGGUAAAGUCGGAAACAAAUCGUGCCGAUGCGAUCGAAAAGUUGGAAAAGGAACGCAUGGACAAUGCCGAUAGUUUGCGGCGGAUUACGGAAUCGGUCAAGAGGUUCUACGCCACUUUGAAAUAUGGUGAUUAA